UCACGGCAGAGUUUCAUCCUCACCGAGUCAAUCUACCUCCUUCUCUUCCCAGUUUCCUCCCCAGACCUCCCUUGAACGACAGAGGAUACACGGGGUCUAGAUAACACAAAAACAUGUUCCCAGUAGAAACAGACGGAUUGUCCGUCACUUAUUCCUCCGGCCGCACAGGGGCCCCGGACCUCCGUUUCCUCCACUACAACGAUGUCUACCACGUCGAGUAAGACUGCUGUUCCCCCGCCUCUCUUCUCAUCGUUAUCUCCAUGAACUACUGUUCUUGCGGUACUGACGUGAAUCCAGACCCGGCUCUGCAGAACCAGUCGGCGGAGUCGCCCGCUUCCAAUCCGUUAUCAACUACUACCGCCGUUCACCGCGAUUCUCCAGCCUGCCUGCCCCCCUAACCAUCUUCUCGGGAGAUGCAUUCAAUCCCAGCAUCGAAAGCACGGUCACUAAGGGCCGACAUAUGGUUCCGUUUUUGAAUAAGGCUGGCACCGAUGUGGCGACAGUGGGGAAUCAUGAUUUGGAUUUUGGUGUCGCCCAGCUACGACAUCUUUGUUCGCAGUGUCGCUUCCCGUGGUUGUUGGCUAAUGUGCUGGAUCCGGCGCUGGGGGAGGAUGUGCCGAUUGGGAACUGUGGGAAGUCGUGCAUGCUGAUCUCGUCGAAUGGGAUCAAGGUUGGUGUUAUUGGGUUGGGAGAACGAGAGUGGCUAGCCACGAUCAACGCCCUUCCCCCAAACCUCAUCUACAAAUCGGCCUCCAAAACAGCCAUGGAACUCGCUCCCCGUCUCCGUGAACAGGGUGCAGACAUGGUCAUAGCCGUGACGCAUCAACGCGAACCAAACGACAAUAAACUGGCCCAGUCAAUCCCCCCGGGAACAGUGGAUAUCAUCCUCGGCGGCCAUGACCAUUACUACGCGCACUCGAUCGUGAACUCGACACACGUCCUCCGCUCGGGCACAGACUUCAAACAACUAAGCUACAUCGAGGCCUUCCGGAAACCCCACGGCCAGCAAGGAUGGGACUUCAACAUCGUCCGACGGGACAUGGUCCGCUCAAUCCCCGAAGACCCAGCAACAGUGGCCCUAGUGGGCAAGCUGACCUCGAGCCUGAAAGCCAAGCUCGAGAAACCAGUUGGCUACUCCUCCAGACCGCUGGACGGGCGCUUCACGACGGUGCGCCUCCGCGAGUCCAACCUCGGCAAUUUCGUCUGCGACCUAAUGCGCUUCUACUACAAUGCCGACUGCGCCAUCAUGGCCGGCGGCACCAUCCGCGGCGACCAGAUCUACCCACCUGGUAUAUUACGCUUAAAGGAUAUCCUGAACUGCUUCCCCUUCGAGGACCCCGUAGUCCUCCUCCGUGUCACGGGUAAGAUGAUCUGGGACGCCCUCGAAAACGGCGUCAGUCUCGUCCCCGCACUCGAAGGCCGCUUCCCACAGGUCUCGAAUAUCUCCUUCGGUUUCAACCCGUCCCGUCCGUCGGGUUCGCGCGUCACCUGGGCAAAACUAGGCGGGAAACCGCUGGACCCAGAGAAAUUCUACGUCCUCGCAACGAGAGGCUACAUGGGCCGCGGCAAGGACGGAUUUUCCUCCCUCCUCGUCCGGUCGGAGGGCGGAGAGGCGGAGGAGAUCGUCUCGGAAGAGAACGGUGUCAUGAUCAGUACGAUUCUGCGACAGUAUUUCCUCAGCCUGAAGGUGCUGGGCACCUGGGUGCGCUGGAGCCCAAGUCUAAAGGAUCACUGGAGUAGAGUUCAUAAUAAUCUCCAUGGAGCAGGGUACUUGAGACCUCCCGCCGCGGGAUCAUCGCCUGUCGUCGAAAAAAAGACGCCUGUUGUACCUGUACCAACACAAGUCUGUACAACGGGAGCACAACGACCAUCCCUACAACGUUCAAGUAGGAAACAGUACUAUUACGGACGAUUCCCGGAAGUAGGUGAUCUCGCUGGUACCCACCAUACCCAUGAUGACGACGACUAUGACCACGCCCACGAUACCAUGGACUCAGACUCAGACGAGGAUCCGGAUCUACUCACCUCGCCUCUUCCCACGACGAACUACGUGACGUUUCCGGCCACCUCGGCGGCGGAGGAGGAGCGUCGUCUUCGUCUCGCACGGUGGGCGACGAGGAAGUGGAAGAAGGCUGCUGGCCUUAGAAUUCAACCGGGUGAGUUGGCGGUUGAUGAUUCUACCACUACUACUACGGGCGAUGUGGAUGAAUUCACGCCCUCGUGGACGCCGGGGAUAGCCCCGAGAUUGGAGGGGAGGAUUGUUGUUGAGGGUGCUGAUGGUGUUACUCUGUAGUUCUUGAUGUUGAAUACUUCAUACUCUUUAGCAGGAUUGAUUAUAGAUGAGAUGAUACGACUGCAUGAUACUAGAUAAAUAGAAUA